GAUGUUUUGAUCGAUGAAAUGACGCAUCCGUCAGUGGAAAGGAGCAAGUAGAAGCAAGUUUUUCCUUUGCUUUGCAAAAAAGUAAAAUUUAGAAAAUCUUGUAGCGGAAAUAUUAUUAAUUAGGUCCCUUUAAAACAGUAGACGUCGCAAAAUCUGAAGUUUGAAUUAUAUCCUAAAAUCCGAUCAGGAUGAGCUUCUUCGGUAAACUAUUUUCUGGGAAGAAGGGCGAACCUGCUCCGACACCAAGCGAGGCCGUUCAAAAGCUGCGGGAUAUAGAAAACAUGCUUACCAAAAAGCAGGAGUUUUUGGAGAAAAAAAUCGAGGUCGAGUUAGAUACCGCACGAAAGAAUGGAACCAAAAACAGACGAGCUGCAAUUCAAGCCCUGAAGAGAAAGAAGCGAUACGAGAAACAAUUGACUCAGAUUGAUGGCACACUGUCCACGAUUGAAAUGCAGCGGGAGGCGCUGGAGAAUGCCAACACAAACACGGCAGUCUUGACCACAAUGAAGAAGGCUUCCGAUGCACUGAAAGCUGCCCAUAAGGAUAUGAACAUCGAUGAUGUCCAAGAAAUGAUGGACGAUAUCGCCGAACAGAACGAUAUUGCAAACGAAAUCUCUAAUGCCGUUUCGACGGCCGUUGGUUUUGGCCAAGACAUCGACGAUGACGAACUGGAAAAGGAGCUGGAAGAACUGGAACAAGAGGAGCUCGACAAAGAAUUACUCGGAGUACAGCCAGAAAGCGACCAGCUACCGGAUGUGCCAGCCACAGACUUACCAAGCAAGGCCAAAGAGAAGAAAAAAGCUGUCGCAGCAGAAGACGACGAUGAUCCAGACAUGAAAGAACUCAUGUCGUGGGCAAAAUAAGAUGCAAAGCGUUCCAACAGCGUAGAACGAAGAGCUGCGCUGGCUUGCACACAGGCUUCAGUCUACGCAAUUUCCAACAACGCGCGCACGACUCUGUUGAUAGGAGGGUCAUGCUAGUUUUUUGCAAUUGCACUUAAUAGAACCUCAUAUGAAAAAGGCUACCAUCAGCUCUACUCCCGCAAUCAUAAAAAAUAAAUUUAUACUGUCUGAUGCGACACUCGGUAGUGAAGCUAUUUGGCGUUUCGAUUGAAUGCUUCUGUUGUAAUUAUUAUUAUUAUUAUUUGCUGCAGGAAAUAAAAAUCCUAUCAGUGCAGGUUUUAACCUACAGUCUAGGGCUUUUCUGUUGUAAUAUAUCCUAAAAUAUUAACACUAUUUUGAGUAAAAAAUACUUUCUGCUUGUGAAUCGAAACAAUAUCAGUGAACGUAAAUAAAUUAUCAUUUGAUAGAGUGUGACAACCACUUAUUUACCCAGUCGAACGGCAAUGAGUUGGCUGAAUAAGUCGAAUUUUGGCAGAAGUUCAUCAGUUUUGUAUUGAUGUUUGAUGAAGAUAAAAGAAAAUAGAAUUUUGAUUAUUUACUGCUAUUGUACAUCAACGAGUUGCACUUUAAAAUAAAGCAUAGUAGCUUUCUGAA